AUGUAUAGAAUAUCCACGAUUCGAAUCGCAUGCCUCGAGGCUACGUACGCUGAGGCACGCCCCAUGUCCGAGUUCCGACCUGAUUCGUUUGGGAGAAAGGCUCAGAAAGGGUUGAUAGAUGGGCAGAUGGAUACGUACAUACAUCGCACAGUCAGGUUCGGAACCGCUAUCACUACCGCCGUCAGUUCGGCCGCAGGAAUAAGGACUGAGGCUCUGUGGGGGAGUCGUUGGAUCCGCGAGACUACAUACCGUUUCCCCAACAUAAAAGAUCAGACGUUCCAAAAGUAUGAAGCACAGGAUGUCGGGAGUACCGACAGGCAGGGCCCAACCAGGGAAAAACCUGACUAUCGCUUUGCGAUCAACUGUCAUGGCACGCUCUGCGGAGAGAGGACUUUGCGAGCCGCACAAGCCGUCCAUGGCCGCAUCAACGGGAAGAGUGCUUCUAAUCGCCUCGAUACCCUUGCGAAAGGCGUUCUCCCACCAGCAAGAACCGAGGAGUACGUCAAGGGUGCGCUUGAGGUUCUUUGCAUGGCACGAUCCCGGAACUACGGGGCAGGAGGCAUAAGAGAGUGA